GCUACAUGCGUUGCUCGCCUACUGCUGACCAACCUUUCCCCUGUUUCCAUUAUUUUUUUCAUUUUCUUAAUUUCCUUUUCUGUGUCGCCGACACACAUAUUCAUACACACUCUCUCUCUCGCUUCUGCUCUCUCUCUCUCUCUCUAUCUCUCUUCAUUACUCUAAGCUUCGAAUCUCCAUCUCACUCUCUGUCCCUUUCUUAAUGGCGAUGUCUCUGAACAUUUGCCCCGAUCUCAACCCCAACCUCUUCCUCUUCUUCUUUUUCUUCCUUGGCUGUAUGUCCAUGUCGCCCUUGCCUGUGCUCUGCCUCACCUAAACCCAACCUCUGAUCGAGCCCCCCGCAGUUGUUCGACGCAAACUACAAUGGCUAACCAACAUGCUGAUCUUCUACUCUCUUUAACUCGCCAACUCUCUGAGUUUCUGUUACUUGUGCUGAUUCUUGCUUCUAUGCCUCUUGUUAGAGGCACUACUGACCCUUCUGACGUUCAAUCUCUUCAGGUUUUGUACACCGCAUUAAAUAAUCCUUCUCAGCUAACUAAUUGGAAAAGUAGCGGUGGUGAUUCGUGCAGUGAGUCAUGGAAAGGGAUAACCUGUGAGGGCUCAGCUGUUGUUUCCAUUGAAAUUUCUGGAUUAGGACUUAAUGGGACAAUGGGGUACUUGCUUUCAGAUCUCAAGUCAUUGAGAAAACUUGAUCUGAGUGACAACAGCAUUCAUGAUACGAUCCCAUAUCAGUUACCACCAAAUCUUACAAGCCUAAACCUUGCCAGCAACAACUUAAGUGGGAAUCUUCCUUAUUCUGUUUCUAGCAUGGUUUCUCUCAGUUAUUUGAACGUUAGCCGUAAUUCACUUUCACAGUCAUUUGGAGACAUCUUUGCUAAUCAUUCUGGUCUCACAACCUUGGAUCUCUCUUUCAACAACUUUUCUGGAGAUCUUCCUAGUUCCCUAAGUUCAUUGUCCAACCUCUCAUCACUCUAUUUGCAGAAAAAUCAAUUGACUGGUUCUCUUGAUGUUCUUACGGGUUUACCUUUGACCACUCUAAAUGUUGCAAACAACCAUUUCAGUGGAUGGAUACCUCAAGAACUUAAAGCAAUCCCUAAUUUUAUAGAUGAUGGAAAUUCCUUUGAAAAUGGUCCUGCUCCUCCUCCGCUACCAUACACCCCACCUCCUCCUGGCAGAUCACAUACUAAUCGACCUCAUGCUGGAUCGGGCACACCUACCGCACGGGGUUCUAAUAGUGAACCAUCUCAUUCAAAUAAGGGGUGGACAGUUGGGGCUAUAGUAGGCAUAAUCCUGGGUUCCAUUGUCAUUGCUUUAGUUCUGCUAUUUGCUCUUGCUUUCUGCAUUCGAAAGAGAAAAGGGAAGGACACUGGUGCUAGAACUCCCAGGGGUAGACUCUCGGUUGGAACAAAUAAUGUAAAUACUGAGGUGCAAGAGCAGAGAUUAAAAAGCAUGGCUGCUGUUACAGAUCUGAAGCCCCCACCUGUGGAAAGUUUGAUGGUUGAGAGGGUACAAGGAAAAAAUGGAUCUGUGAAGAGAAUAAAGUCACCUAUCACUGCUACUUCAUAUACUGUUGCUUCUCUCCAGACAGCAACGAAUAGCUUCAGUCAAGAAUUUCUUAUUGGUGAAGGCUCCCUUGGUCGUGUUUACAAAGCAGAUUUCUCUAAUGGAAAGAUAACGGCCAUUAAGAAGAUCGACAAUGCGGCACUAUCAUUACAGGAGGAAGAUAAUUUUCUGGAAGCUGUUUCAAAUAUGUCUCGCUUGAGGCACCCAAACAUUGUUACGCUGGCUGGAUAUUGUGCAGAACAUGGCCAGCGUCUUCUUGUUUAUGAGUAUAUAGGAAAUGGGAAUCUGCAUGACAUGCUCCACUUUGAUGAAGAUAGCAGUAAGACUCUGACUUGGAAUGCCCGUGUUAGGGUGGCCCUUGGCACUGCUCGAGCCUUAGAGUACUUGCAUGAAGUGUGCUUGCCAUCUGUUGUACAUAGAAACUUCAAGUCAGCAAACAUUUUACUCGAUGAAGAGCUCAAUCCCCAUUUAUCAGACUGUGGUUUGGCUGCUCUGAAUCCAAACACAGAGAGACAGGUUUCAACUCAAAUGGUUGGCUCAUUUGGUUAUAGUGCGCCUGAAUUUGCCUUGUCAGGGAUAUACACUGUAAAAAGUGAUGUGUACAGCUUUGGGGUGGUGAUGUUGGAGCUUUUGACUGGUAGAAAGCCACUGGACAGUUCAAGGGUGAGAUCAGAACAAUCACUUGUGAGAUGGGCUACUCCCCAACUCCAUGAUAUUGAUGCCUUGGCAAAAAUGGUUGAUCCUGCCCUGAAUGGCAUUUAUCCUGCAAAGUCUCUGUCACGCUUUGCCGAUAUCAUUGCCCUCUGUGUUCAGCCGGAACCGGAGUUUCGGCCUCCCAUGUCUGAGGUUGUGCAAGCGUUGGUGAGGUUAGUGCAAAGGGCUAGUGUGGUCAAAAGGCGCUCAAGCGACGAAUCUGGUUUUGCAUAUAAGACACCAGAGCACGAGGGAAUUGACAUGCCAUUUUGAAAGCCGCGCGGCCAUGUUGGACCUAAAAGUGGCGUUGCAAUGCACAGCUACCCAAAGCUCAGGUGAUGUCUAGAGCACAAAAUGAAAAUUGGAUAAAAGUUGUAUUGAUCCCAAAAAAUAUAUGUAAUUAUGUCCCCCAAGCAUUUUCAUCGCCAUAUAAUGCCAAUUUGCAAAUUAAGGUAUAUAUCUCGCUAGAAAUUGUGCUAUAUAUUAUUGUAUUUUGAAACGUCCAACAGAUCUUUCGCGGCAUGAUAUUAUUUUUAGCUUAAAUUUGAGUUCAGCUGUUAAUGAACAAGUUCGGUUCGCUUA